GGGUGCAAGUGGAUGCAAGAUGGCAGCCAAGUCGAUCUCAUCAAAUCUAAAAUUUACUACCAAGAUACCACUUCUCUUAAAAGCCACUUCAAAUGAUGAGAAAUCAACACAAGGCUAUCAUCUUCAGGAAAUAAGUUUGAUCUCAAAGUCAUCAUUUCCUAACUGUAAAUCACUGUUGACUUUCUUACUGGGUCGCUUGGAGAAACGAGAGCCUUGCAUAAAGUUUAAGGUGUUGCAUAUCAUGAAGUAUCUGGUUGUUAAUGGACAUGCAGAGUUUCGAAGUCAGUUGCGACGUAAUGGAAAUGCUAUUAAAAAAUCUGUUGAUUUUCUUGGUGACUUUGAUCCAAUUCAUGGUGAUGGAUUAAACAUUAAAGUUAGACAGGCAGCUUCAGAUCUGGAGAAACUCUUGUUUGAUGUUGACAAUCCUGAUGUUGAAGUCAUUUAUAAGUCUAUGUUAGCUUCAGAAUGCUCAAAAAAGAUGGAUGGUUUUGGAUACUCCAAAACACCAGAACCACAACAGGAAUCGUCGUUGAUGGAAACUUUAAAAACGAAAGUUAUAAACUCUACAUCAGAAAUGUUCAAUAUUUCUAGACCAGCAGCGAACCACUCCAAUGCAACACCUGACCCACAUCAUCGCUAUACUCCUGUUGAUUUAAGGGAUACCGAUAUUGAAAUAGAAAAUUUCGAGAUUUCAACAAUUACAAAUGAAAAGCAAGCAAAUUCUGAUAAUCUUCACAACAAGAAUGAUGAUUUGGAUGUAGACCGCUGUUAUUAUGAACGCAGGCUCGUCAACCGUAUUACAUCCGGGAAUGGCAUCACUAACGUUCCUGACCGAGAAUCUCUUAAAGAUUUUUUAAGCGAAGCUUCUUCCUUAGAUCUGUGUGCUAUUUUGGAUCUGUUAGACGAAAAGAUGAAAAAUUUUCCCGUUAAUGUUCAGUUGAAAACUCUGCACGUUCUGGAAUGUUUAUUAAGAAGCAAAUUCGCUGAUGUUCCACGCAAAGUUAAAGAACAUUGUCCUAAUAUUUCAUCGCUUGCUGAAUCUCCAGAUAUCAGUGUUCAAGCAAAGGCAAAAAAAAUAGUACUAUGCAUCAAUUCUUCAUUGGAGGAAGAUUUAGGAAAUUCCUUAGUUCCGCCUGGUUACGAAGAAUCAAAAGAGCUUCCAAAGAUAGACACUCCUCAACUGAACUCUUUAUUUACUGGAAUGAAUGUCAAAGACAAUGGUCUGGAUAAACCUGCUACUGACUGCAAAGAUACUGGAGUACUUUCUCAUGUUUCGGCAAGUGAAACUAUUUGUACCCUAGUGGAUUUGGUUGAUACUGUCCCAACUGAACAAAUUUCGGUAAAUGUUUGCACGGACAUGAGCGAGGAAAAAAUUAGACAAUCGUCUUCAGUGUCUGUUGACAAAAUUCCCUCAAAUUUUCAAUUUCUUACUUUUGAAGCUGAAGGCAAGUAUUUAGACAAUAAUUUAACAGACGAAACUGUAAAUUCAUUCUCAAACGAACGUGAUUUAUUGGACCUUCAAUCUUCGUGCACAAAUAUGGUCGAAAAUGGGCAAAAUGUGACGUCACAAAUAUCUGAAAACUUGUUACUUAUGGACAGCGUCGACAACCUCAGUACUUCAUAACAACAGUCAAACAAACGAGAAUGGACCCUAUUUCUUCAAAACAUCGAAUUUUCAAACUUUAAACAGCAAUAUGCAACAGCUGUCACAAACUUCUCUUCGUAAUACAACUUAUGGUGGAAUUCUCCCUAAUACGAGCUCUUCGUUCACCGGCUCUGGACGACUAUUCCCGAAAGACAUGAAAUCGGAAACAGACGGAUUUGAUUUUGUACGAAAAUCUAAAUCGGAUGCCUUCAGUUUUAUCCAAGACGAAAUCCUGGCCAGUAAACCAAAAACAAAAUAAUAUUGAGUCGUGGAAAUACUGUUGGCCAGCAGGAAUAAACCUUAAAUGAAGAUAUGAUCAUUCUUUCAUAGGAAUAAACCUUUUGGCAACAAAUUACAUCGUGUUUUUUUUAAAAAAUUUCUAUUAUGUACAACAUCUGCUUAAAAAUAGCUCAAUUUAAUUCUAUUCAUUUAGAAACUAAUCCAAUAUCUUUGCGGCAUUUGAAAA